AUGCUCCAAUAAUUUAGACACCUGGAUUAGGAAAUCCUCUUUGAAAUAAAAAAAGUGGUAUUCGAAUUGUAGUUAUCAAAAAGGCCAUUUUUACCAAAAAAUCUGAUGUAUUAGAUUUACAAAUUUUUGUAAUUGAGAGAAUGUGCCACCUGUUCUUAGGUCUGUAAGUUCUGGAUGAUUUGCUAUAAUGAUAUCUAUUUCUCGUACAGUUUCUUUAGGGAAUUCGAGACUUCAAGAUUUAACGAGAAGGAACUUGCCACAGUGUUGAAGAGAUCUAGUAAACAAUUGAAGCACAUAAAGAAAGUUCGAGAUAUAAUAAAAGGAUAAAAAAUCAGUUCAUUUUUGGAGAAAACUGAACUCAGAACAAUGUUAUCCGACAAUUCGCAAUAAUAAGGAUCCCUGUUGGAAUUAUUUAAAUUAGAACCAAAAAAGCAAUAUACUUCAGUAUUUUUGACAGACAAAGAUUUGAAUAGCAUUUGCAAAGAGAGCUAUAAAUCACUGCAAUAUAUACAAUUGAUUAGUUGUCAAUUUAUGACAGGCAAAGGCUUUGAGGUUAUUGGAAAAUGUUCUCAAUUAAGUUUGAUUAAUAUCUAAAGCAAUUGCAAUUUGAAGGAUUAAAAUGUUCAAGUCAUCUUAGAAUAAGUGUAAGAACUCAAAACUUUAAUGCUCUUAAAAUGCGAUGGUUUGACCAAUUAGAUUUUUGAGAUCAUAGGAAAUUACUGUAAGAGGUUAGAAAGGCUGGACAUUGGAUGCAAUCCAUAAUUGGAUCUAAUCAAAUGCAGUCCUUUGAAGAGGAUUGAGAGUUUGCAAUCACUUUCAAUCAAGGAGAAUGUUGUGACUAAUGAGGCCUUAGAGAUAAUCACAACCAAUCUCUACAAAUUGCAUAGUCUCAAUCUAGAAGGGUGUUAAGAAAUGAAUGGGUAUUCUCUACUGUAAAUCUAGAAGUUGAAUUUGCAGAGGAUCAAUUUGAAGAAAAUAUAAUUCAAAGAAGAAGGUGUUAUUUUACUUAUUAUUUAAUAGAGAUCUACAAUUUCGUUCUUUCUGCAAAGGGCAUUAAGCUGUUGCUUGUGA